AUGCCUUCUUCCUCGAGUACAGCCCGUGCAAGCACUUCCUGCCGUCGCUGCCACCGACGGAAGAAGCGCUGCGACCGUACACUUCCACAAUGUGAGACCUGUAUCCAUGCCCAGGUAGAAUGCAGCUUUCUUGAUGAUGAUCGACAAGUCGGGACAUAUCCAAUCGCCUACGUCCAAGGGCUCGAAUGUCGCGUCAAGGAGCUAGAAAAGCAACUUUCCGCAGCCCUAGCAUCAACACCAUACCCUACCCUCCAACUUGAUCAGGAUUUCGACCAGCCAGUAAUCAACUUCGCGACACCUCCGGACACGGACGCUAGCGACACCUUCCCCAUAGCGACUCCUCCAUCUCAUAGCCGAUCGGACUUUCUGGUCGAUGAGCUCAAGCGACUGUCCCUAGAAGCAGCAGCAGAGCGACAUCUUGGUUCCUCUUCAGGGCUAUCCUUCGCCAAGUUAACCCAGGCAGUCCUUCGACGGCUAUCCCCCGACAAAGCCGAGUUUGUAUUCGAUGAUACCCCAGACGAGUCGCCAGAGCAAUACGGUGAACCUUUCUCAGACCCUCUACUCGAUGCUUCAACUUCCCUCUGGGAACUGAACAACUCGUUCUCCUCACCAUGCCUCUUCAACCAACUUCCACUGUCACACGUCAUGGAAGACGAGACAACGCUGGCCGAUCUGCAAUUACCCGACAGAGCACAUAUCGAAUACUUAAUGGAGUUCUACUUCGCACAUUCCCACACACUGUACCCUAUCAUCCGCCAGACCGAGUUCACCUCCGUCAUAUGGCGAGUAUACAACAAUCCACAAGACCCUCUGGCAGGGUCUCCACUUUGGAUGUUUCGCAUCUGGAUGGUUCUGGCCAUUGGCUCGACGACACACUGUUCCGUAACCCUGGGAGAUGAAUCCGAGUCUGUGCUGUACUACAAUAAGGCAAUGGGGUAUUUCGAGGAUGCGCUUGGACUAGGCGAUAUGGCCGCACUAGAGGUCAUGAUGCUGCAAGUCUCUUACUCAUUCUUCAACCAAGUCGGACCAAACACAUUCUUCCUCGUCGGCGUUGCCGCCCGCAUGGCCAUCGGUAUAGGCCUACACAGCUCCUCAAGCUACGCCAGCCUCCCAUCUGACGUGAUCGAAUACCGCAAGCGGAUUUUCUUCUCUUUGUACAUGAUGGACAGGUACCUCUCCCCUAAACCCACACCCUAUCCUUUAUCCACUCUAAUAAGUAUCAACAGAGUAGUAUCCAUAGCCCUAGGCCGCCCCUUCGCCAUCCACGACGCCGACAUUGACGUCGAGGUAGCCCCUCUCCCCAAGCCCUUCACCGACACCACCACAACAGACGACCUAAACCACACAACCAACCUCUCCAUCCCACUACACAUCCUCUCCCUCCGCCGCAUCGCCAGCGAAAUCACCACAGCCCUCCACUCCCCAACGAACACGCACAACUCAGACCGCCAGACAACCCUCCAAGCUCUGCACAAGAAGCUCCUCCACUGGCGACGCACCAUGCCAUUCCCACUCCCACCAACCCCGUCGCCAAUCCCACAUCUAACCAGCGCCUGGUUCGAUCUGAACUACUACACGCACAUGACAAUGCUAUACCGGCCAUCUCCUCUCUUUCCGUCUCUCGACGAACAGAAAGUGAAGGUGUUAGCGACAGCUGCAGCAAUGGCUAUUCGGCAGGCGAUGAAUCUGCAUCGGCAGGGACGGUUCGCGUAUAACUGGUUGAAUCUUUUAGGGGUGUUUCAGAGUGCGGUGGCGUUGAUGUAUGCUACGCUGGCGAGGCCGGAUGAGUUGGGGGUUGUGGUUCGGGAGAGUAAAGUAGUUGAGGAUUUGGGGCUGGUGGUGGAGUUGUUGAGGGCUUUUGGGAGGAAAUUUGGGGUUGCGGGGAGAUUGGAGAGGAUUGUGGGGGUAGUGGUGGGGAGGUUGGGGGAGUUUUGUGAGGGAGGUAGGGUUGGUGUGAUGGUAUGA